UUUUGUACAAGAAAAAAGUGAUUGAACAUAAUUCUAAAAUGUUAUAUAAUUAUAUUGAUGUAACUUUUAAAGAAAAAGUUACUCUAGAUAGAAAUACGGUGCAUUUCAACAUGUGUUAUUGCUAAGCCAAUCACAAUACCUUAAAGAUAUUAAACAAAAAUAAAGACAGCUGAUAUGGAUUACGGGGCAAGUAGUUCGAGUUCUGUGAACCCGGGUCGCUCCAACGGUCAGCUGCUGAAUUGGGUUGAGUCUCGAGACCCAGGCCCAGGCCCAUAACCAUGUGACGUGAAGCAGCCAUGCAAGCCCAACGUGCUCCAGCCCAAGUUUAUAUUUAUUUUCUGAAUUUCAGUUUUUAUCAUUUGUUUUAUUUGUUUCAGUUAAUUAUGGACUUGUCAAAGUGUUUUCCUUAUUUUAAGCCAUACUAGUAGUGGAGGUAUGGGUAGUUAUUUCCUUUUGAUGUAAUUUCCUUUAAAGAGCACGUUGGAAUGAAAAAAAGGGCAGUGAAUUUAGAAAAUUGAUUGAGUCUCAAAAGUGAGUCUUGAAAUUUUGUGUCCUAGCUAUCUUGAUCGGCAAUUCAAGAGGUGAACAAAGGAUCCAGUAAUCUUUGACGGUGGUGUAGCUGUAACCGGAAAAGAGCACUGUCGCCCGGCGAUUAUAAUCGGAAGGUGCGUCUGUAACCAUUUGUAUCGCUGUCCAAACCCUUUUAAACCGAUUACCAGGUGAUGCUCAUAUCAUCUGGUAUCAGAGCCUAAUUCCGUUUCCGCUCAUAUUCACGUAAUCUUACAGAUCUACAAGAUGGGAGAUGAAUACCGAACCCUCGAACAACAAGUUCAAGCAUUGCAGGAGCAACUUCAAACCUUGACUCUAGCCAUGAAUCGUCGCCGGCGAACCACCUGUACGCCGCCCCGAUUUCGACCCGAUAAUGAGUACCAUGAAGAGGAAUCGGAUUAUGAGAACGAAGGUGAUAAUCCGUUUGGAAGGCAACACUAUAAUGACAUCAAGGUUGAUAUCCUGGAAUUUGAUGGAAAGCUAGAUCCCGAUGUGUUUGUUGAUUGGCUUAGAACAGUGGAACGGGUUUUCGAUUACAAGCAGACUACUGAAGAGAAGAAAGUUAAGGUUGUGGCCUUGAAACUGAGAAAAUACGCCUCGACGUGGUGGGCGAAUGUUUGUGCAAAACGAGAACGACAAGGCAAAGACAAAGUUCGAACAUGGCAAAAGAUGAAGAAGUUAUUGAGAGAGAAGUUCAUGCCCACGUAUUACCUUCAAGACAAUUUCUCUCAGUUGCACGUGUUGAAGCAGGGAAAUAAGUCGGUGGAGGAAUAUUCACAGGAGUUUGAAUAUCUCCUGAUGAAGUGUGGACUAGACGAAGACGACCCCCAAACCUUAGUCCGGUACCUUGGUGGUCUUGAACCCCGUAUUGCCCAGAUUGUUGAAUUACAACCCUACACCUCUCUAGCUGAAUUAACUGUCCUGUCUCAUCGGGUUGAAGUUCAACAAAAGACCCGAAACAAGUAUGAACCCCAGCGAACCACAAGCUCUAAACCCAACCCUUCUCAAACCUACACUCCCACUUCAAAAACCUCCGCUUCUACUUCCUCCAAACCCCAACCCAGAACCGAAACCACCCCACCUCAAAACCGAGCACCUCGUAGAUGUUUUCGAUGCCAAGGCCUAGGGCAUUAUGCGUCUGAGUGUCCAAACACCCGGGUUGUUACCCUAGCCGAACUUGAAACGACCAACCCUCCUCGUUAUGAUGAAGAGCCUGUCGAGAAUGAAGGCGAUAGUGAAGAUGGAGUAAUUGAACUUCAACCUGAUGAAGGUGAGUGCUUGGUCAUUAGACGCGCCCUUAAUAGUUCUGCUGCUCAGAAGAUUAAUUCUCAACGUGAGUCUAUCUUCCAUACUCGCUGUACCGUCUCAAACAAAGUGUGUUCCCUCAUAGUUGAUGGCGGUAGCUGUACUAAUGCUGCUUCUCAAGCCAUGGUCACAAAACUUCAUCUCACCACCACUCCUCAUCCAUCACCUUACAACAUACAAUGGCUCAACCAUGGGAAAGGCAUUCAAGUAACUCAUCAGGUUCUUAUUUCUUUUAGUAUUGGUAAACGAUAUCAUGAUGAUGUUUUGUGUGAUAUCAUUCCCAUGGAUGCUUGUCACAUCCUACUUGGUAGACCAUGGCAGUUUGAUAGAAAAGUGGUGCAUGAUGGGUUCAAAAACACAUAUUCCUUUACCAAAGAUGACAAGAAUAUCACUUUAUUACCAUUAAUCCCUGAUCCUGAUCCAUCACUUGCUACUGCGUCUCUAGGGGUUCUCCUUAAGGCUGAAUUACGGGAGUAUAAGGCUGUGAAAGAAUUUAUUUUAAUGGGAAUUGAAGCAGAACCUGAACCGACUACAAUACACCCUUUGGCCCAGGUGCUACUGGACCGGUUUUCUAAGGUUUUUCCCGAAGAAAUUCCCCCAGGUCUUCCCCCACUUCGACAAAUUCAGCACAAAAUUGACUUUAUUCCAGGGUCUAUGUUACCAAACAAACCAGCCUACAGAGCUAAUCCACAGGAAUCCGCUGAGAUUCGCAAACAGGUUGAGGAAUUAUUGGCUAAAGGGUUGAUCCGCGAAUCUCUCAGCCCUUGUGCUGUACCGACUCUACUUGUACCAAAGAAGAAUGGUGAAUGGCGAAUGUGUGUCGAUAGUCGGGCCAUCAACAAAAUUACAAUUAAGUAUCGGUUUCCGAUACCACGUUUAAACGACCUCUUAGAUGAAUUGUACGGGGCUGCUGUGUUUUCUAAGAUCGAUUUACGAAGUGGUUAUCACCAAAUUCGUAUUUAUGAAGGCGACGAGUGGAAGACGACAUUUAAAACGAAGGAAGGGUUAUAUGAAUGGUUGGUUAUGCCGUUUGGCCUCUCCAACGCGCCGAGUACGUUUAUGAGGCUGAUGAAUCAGACCAUGCGACCUUUUCUGGGGCGUUUUGUUGUAGUGUACUUCGAUGACAUUUUAAUCUACAGCAAGAAUGAAGAAGAACAUGGUGAUCACCUCCAACAAGUAUUUAGAGUACUGAAUGAUGAGAAACUUUAUGGGAAUCAAGCUAAGUGCCAAUUUUUUUCUCCAAAAGUGGUGUUUCUGGGGUAUAUUGUUUCAACUGAGGGCAUUGCAGUAGAUGAAAGAAAGGUCCAGGCUGUGAGAGAAUGGCCCACUCCGUCCACACUACAACACGUUCGUAGUUUCCACGGCCUCGCUUCGUUUUAUCGCAGGUUCGUUAAAGAUUUCAGUACCAUUGUGUCACCUUUAACUGAUUUACUGAAGCAGAAAACUUUUAAUUGGACUGAGCAAGCACAAGUAUCUUUUGAUGAAAUUAAGAAACGCUUGACUACCACUCCCGUGCUUGCUUUACCAAAUUUUGAUGAGGUGUUCGAAGUCGAAUGUGACGCCUCCGGGGUGGGAAUUGGUGCCGUUUUGACUCAAUUGGGUCGUCCGGUAGCUUACUUUAGUGAGAAACUGAAUGACGCAAAACGCCGGUACUCGACCUAUGAUAAGGAAUUUUAUGCUAUAAUUCGAGCGUUGGUUCAUUGGCACCAUUACUUGAUAGCAAAAGAGUUUGUUUUGCAUUCCGAUCACGAAGCGCUUAAGUACAUCCAAGGGCAGCAUAAGUUACAACCGCGACAUGCCAAAUGGGUCGAAUAUAUUCAAGCAUUUACCUUCACUAUUAAGCAUAAGUCGGGCGUUAUGAACAAAGGCGCCGAUGCUCUUUCUCGACGACAUCUUCUUAUUCAGGCCUUCUGCCCAAAAGUUGUGGGAUUCGAAUUGUUUAAGGAAUAUUAUUUGGGUGAUGCUGAUUUUGGGGAUCUAUUUGACCGAUGCUCCAAACAUGCUGUUGAUGAUUUCUACAUUUUUGAGGGGUAUCUUUUCAAGGGAACGCGUCUUUGCAUUCCUAAGCAUUCUGUGAGGGAUGCUGAUUAA